GUUGCGCACCUCUCUCUUUUUUUUGUACUGUCUCCGUUCCAAUACCAACUUAUGAGUUGUACAAACUACGGAGAGAAUAGAGCUUUCCUUUGGCGUUGUGGUCGAAACUUGUUUCAAGACGACACUCCAGCUUAUGGCAAUAAGAGUAGUGUUGAUGAGAAUAAUGUGGUUUGGACCUGUUUAACAUUCCCAGAAAACUUUCACUUUCCACUUAGAGCCUUGGAAACUACUUGGUCUAGUAUCUUUUUGGUGGAUAAUCAAGGCCACCUGUUUUAUCGUGGUCCUUACUUUUUGCAAGAUUGGACUGACUAUCCCUCUUCCAUUCAAAACCAGUCCCAGCACUCUUCUUCUUGGUUACCACUUGUGAACCCUGAUAUUUGUGAUAUCCAAAGCUUGAGUGCUUCUUCUAAUCUAUUGGUGUUGAUUGCUGACGGUGGAGCAAAACUGGUAGUGUUUCCUUCAUCGAAUAUCGGGUCUUCAUCACCUAGCCUCCAACAUUGGUCAUCUUGGUCUUCGGAUUCCACUAUCUGUUAUUAUCAAAGUGUGGCAACGGGUCGAGAUCAUUUUCUAGUCAUAGUUGAUGAAGGCGAUGUAUAUGGAUGGGGAACCAAUGACUAUGGGCAGUUGGGUAUAGGUUGGGAGAUUCAAAGUGACCAAUCUGUACAUAUUCAAUGCAAAUAUUCUCAUCAACUGACAAGAAUAGAAGCCAUUCCAUCCAAGAUGGCACAAAAAGUGGCAUGUUGCGAUAUGAGUAGCGCAGUGUUAUUAAAGAAUGGCCGAGUUAUUGUAUUUGGUAACAAUCUUUAUCUACAACUUGGGACUCAUUUAUGUUGUCCUAUUCAACUACCACAACGACUGGAUACAUUUUCUGAGGACCAUCCUGCAUUAGAUAUUGCACUGAGUGGUUGGCAAUUGGCUGUUCUUGGUUGUCAAGGAGAAAUAUGGAUAAGUGGUAAAGAACCCAUUCAUCCUUUGCAGGAAGAAGAUAUUUCCUAUUACAAACUCCUAAUGGUUUACAUGGUUAUGGUAGUGGAUUGAAAGAUCAUAUUCUAUCUCAUCUCUCUACUAGUAGAGAAAAAUGG